UCGAAUGCAUAGAGGCAACUCCAGCAGCUGGUGGGGCUCUUUCCCCGCCUGCGGUGGCUGCAAGAGGAACUUGGACAUGUCUUUCAUUCCUGCAAGUGAGAAGUCUGACUUUCCCAUUCAGAAUCUGCCCUACGGAGUCUUCUCCACUAAGGAGGUGCCUAAACACAGGAUAGGAGUAGCCAUUGGCAACCAAGUGCUGGACAUCUCUGCUGUUAAGCAUCUGUUUGACGGACCAAUUCUUUCGAAGCAUCAUCAUGUCUUUGAUCAGCCAACGCUUAAUGCUUUCAUGGGACUGGGCUGGGAAGCAUGGAAGGAAGCACGGACCUUUCUCCAGAAGCUGCUUUCUGCUAACGAACCAAUGCUGAGAGACAACACAGAGUUACGCAGAAGAGCAUUUGUUCCUCAGUCUUCUGCUAUAAUGCAUCUUCCAGCUGAGAUUGGAGACUACACAGAUUUCUAUUCUUCACAGCAGCAUGCAACCAAUGUUGGAAUCAUGUUCCGGGGGAAGGAAAAUGCGUUGAUGCCCAACUGGCUGCACUUACCAGUUGGUUACCAUGGCCGUGCUUCUUCUGUUGUUGUAUCCGGGACACCGAUCCAGAGGCCAGUGGGACAAAUGCGGCCUGAUGACACAAAACCUCCGGUUUUUGGUGCUUGCAAGCUUUUGGAUAUUGAGCUAGAAAUGGCGUUCUUUGUGGGCCCCGGAAACAAAUCGGGGGAAGCCAUUCCCAUCAGCGAAGCUCACAAGCACAUCUUUGGGAUGGUCCUAAUGAAUGACUGGAGUGCUCGGGACAUUCAGAAGUGGGAAUACGUCCCACUGGGUCCAUUUCUGGGCAAGAGUUUUGGCACAACGAUCUCUCCGUGGGUGGUGACUAUGGAGGCUCUCCUGCCAUUUGUGCUGCCUAAUCCCAUCCAGGACCCCAAGCCACUGCCUUAUCUCUGCGAUGAUCAGCCUUAUACUUUUGACAUCAACCUCUUUGUGGCGCUUAAAGGAGAUGGGAUGAGCAAGCCGGCUAAUAUUUGCAAUUCAAACUUUAAACACAUGUACUGGACCAUGAAACAGCAGCUGGCCCAUCAUACUGUCAAUGGCUGCAACCUCAGACCUGGAGAUCUCCUGGCCUCUGGAACCAUCAGUGGACCAGAUCCCGAGGCCUUUGGUUCCAUGCUGGAGCUGUCCUGGAAAGGAACGAAAGCAAUUGACCUCGGAAAUGGCCAUUCGCGCAAAUUUCUGCAAGAUGGAGAUGAAGUCAUUAUAACAGGCUACUGCCAAGGGAAUGGUCACCGAGUCGGCUUUGGAGAAUGCUCUGGGAAGGUCCUCCCAGCCAGAACAAUCUGAUGUUCUUCUUUAGAGGACAUCCUAUUGAAAAAGAAGCAGGAAGGUUUCCUUAAGCUCUCCUCCAGUUUGACAUUUCUGGGACUGCAUUUUGUCAGCAUUCAAGGAGAAGAAGAAAAGUAUUUCAGUAUUCCCCCCCGCUGUCUUCAGUUUUUAAACACUGCUUUUAUAAAGAAGCUUGAAUUCUU